GUGAGGGGACGAAUAAGUGCGAAUCCGCACUUACAGACUUCCACAUACCCACUCGAUGAGUGCUGCUGUGUAAUUUCCAAAACUGAACUAAACCCAGCAUAGUAAUGGGAUCUUUACCCUUUACCCUGCAGCUUUUCAGUUUCAUAGGAUGGACGUUGGUCUCUGCCUUCAACCUUGACACGGAGAAUGUUAUUAGGAAAACGGGAGAUCCCAACAGCAUGUUCGGAUUCUCCCUCGCCAUGCACCGCCAACUCCUUCCAGGAGAUAAACAAAUGUUACUGGUAGGUGCCCCAAAAGCUAAGGCACUGGCCAACCAGAAGUCACAGUUUACAGGAGGCAUGUACAGUUGUGACAUAAAUUCUGUCAGCUCUUCAUGUCAACGAGUGACGUUUGACGAUGAUGAAAAUUUGAAAACUGAAAAUAAGCAGAACCAGUGGAUGGGAGUUAAUGUAAAGAGCCAAGGACCUGGAGGAAAAAUAUUGGUCUGUGCACAUCGCUACCAGCGACGCUUAUUUGUGGGUACACAUCAAGAACUGCGUGACAUCACAGGGCGUUGCUAUGUAUUAAGUCAAGACUUGAAAAUUAACGAAGGCUCAGAUGAAGAUGGAGGUGACUGGAUGUUCUGUAAUGGAAGGACCAGAGGACACGAGCGUUUUGGUGUGUGUCAGCAGGGUCUGUCUGCCACAUUCACAAAGGACUACCACUAUCUGGUGUUUGGGGCACCAGGAGCUUACAACUGGAAAGGAGUGGUACGGGUGGAGCAGAAAAAUAGCUCUCUGUGGGAAAAUGGAAUAUAUGACGAUGGCCCCUAUGAGGUUGGAGACGAGAGCCGACUUGACCCAGAGCUGGUGCCUGUUCCUGCCAGCAGCUAUUUAGGUUUCUCUUUGGACUCUGGAAAAAUGCUGACUAAAAAAGGUCAGUUGACUAUUGUAGCUGGGGCUCCAAGAGCCAAUCACAGUGGAUCAGUUGUACUACUAAGAAAGGAAGCAGAUAAGUCAUUAAUGUUGUCAGCUGAGUACAUCCUAGAGGGAGAGGGUCUUGCCUCUUCAUUUGGUUAUGACCUUACAGUACUUGACAUCAAUGCAGAUGGGUGGCAAGAUAUUGUAGUCGGUGCACCUCAGUACUUCAUUAAAGAUGAAGAUAUUGGCGGGGCUGUCUAUGUAUACAUUAAUAAGGAAGGGGCUUGGGACAAAAUAACACCUAAAAGAUAUGAUGGCGCCGCCUAUUCCAUGUUUGGUUUGGCUGUGGAAAACAUGGGCGAUGUGAAUCUCGAUGGUUAUCAUGAUGUUGCUGUUGGAGCCCCAUAUGAUGGAAAUGGAGCUGGAAAUGUGUUUAUAUUCCAUGGCUCACCUACAGGCUUAAAUAAAGCACAGGUUCUUGGAGGGAAAAGUCACAACGUAAAACUAUUUGGCUACUCUCUUGCGGGCAACAUGGAUUUGGACAGAAAUUAUUAUCCUGAUCUGGCUAUAGGAUCCCUCUCUGAUUCAGUGUUUGUGUACAGGGCAAGAUCAGUUAUCAGCAUGGAAAUGACUGUCACAACCACACCAAGAGAGUUGAACCUCACACAGAUGAACUGUGCAAACACUGUAUGUUUUGAAGUCAAGGCCUGCUUCAAAUUUUCAGUCAACCCCAAAAACUACAAUCCUACUCUGAAAAUGGCUUACACUAUCAGGGCUGAAUCUGAAAGAGAGAAACUUAAUCUUCCUUCUAGAAUUAUCUUCACCCAACGAUCACCCAAUGACCCCGAGUAUGAAAGCACAGGGACAAUAGAAAUUGAGGGCCAGGGAAAAGAAGAAUGUGUUACAAGAAGACUCAAACUGCAGGUUCAGUUUGUUAAGGAAGGUUGUGGUUCUGACCAUGAGUGUCAGAGUGACCUGCAACUAAAAUAUAAAUUCCAAAACAUGGAACAGGGCAAAGACGUCUUUAAACCAUUGCCUGAGGAAAAAGGAGUUACUCUCUUGUCGCUUAGCGAUCAGAAAGAUGUUGCCCUGGAGAUUACAGUGACUAAUCAGGGGGAAGAUGCUUAUGAGGCACAGCUGAUUAGCUCGUUCCCUAAAUCCGUUUCUUAUUCUGCUUUUCGCACUAAAUCCAAUGAUAAACAGGUCAUCUGUCUAGCCAAUCAGGAUGGGUCACAAGCCGACUGUGAGCUUGGAAAUCCUUUCAAAAGAGGCGCUGAGACAACGUUUUACAUCAUUCUGAGCAUCAGUGGAAUUUCUUUGGAUACCACAGAAAUCGAAAUUGUCCUUAAUCUCAAAACGACAAGUAGUCAGAAGCAGUUGCCAUCAGUGAAAGCCAAAGCUAUUGUUAAGGUCAAUCUUCUGUUGUCACUCUCAGGGGUAGCUAGGCCAUCUCAGGUUUACUUUACUGGAGAAGUAAAAGGAGAAAGUGCUAUGAAAGUGGCAACUGAUGUUGGCAGUUCAAUUGACUAUGAAUUUAGGGUUGCAAACUUGGGCAGACCACUUAAAUCAUUUGGCACUGCAUCUAUGAUUAUUCAAUGGCCUAAGCAUAACUUUCAAGACAAGUGGCUGCUCUACCUCAUGGAGAUAACCUCAACCGGCUUAGAGAGCAUCAGCUGUUCCCAUCAAAAUGAGGUCAACCCUCUUAAACUACAGGAACCUUCACGAGUUAAACGUUCCUUUGGGGAGGGAACUCCAGCAAAAGAGGAAACAACCUCCCCUUUUACUGACAAGAGGAAAUACACAAUUUUGUCCUGUGACGAUGGGGCAAACUGUAUAUCAUUUAAAUGUCCUCUAAUGGGAAUGGAUAGCAAUGCUGUUAUUAGCCUAAGAGCUUAUCUUUGGAACAGUACUUUCCUAGAGGAUUAUGCAAAAAUGAACUACAUUGAUAUCAUUGUCAAGGCAUCACUCGAAUUCAAGUCCUCAGCUACAAAUAUACAGUUAAAAAGUGAAGCUACACAGGUACGUGUUACUGUGUUUCCUGACCGUAAAGCAGCACAGUACAGUGGUCUACCCUGGUGGGUCAUACUGGUGGCUAUUUUACUAGGACUUCUUUUGCUGGGUCUACUGAUCUUUCUGCUCUGGAAAUGUGGUUUUUUCGGAAAAAGCAGCAAAGUCCCGGAUAAUGAACAUAAAAAAGAGAGACUGACUUCAGAUGCAUAGAGGGAGACAGAAUGAGAACCUCUGUUUUAGGGUAAAAGAGCCAGAAGCAUUAAUAAUAGGAUUUGCACUUGCUAAACCACUUUAGUCUGUUGCUUGUCAAUGACUUUUAUUGUACAAAUACUGUAAAUUAAAAAAUGCUACAAGGAAUGCAUUGCAAACAGAUCACAUACAGUGCGAGAUCUUUGUUUGGGAAAGGGGUUUAUAGAUGUUUUUCUCCAGACUUUUUCAGCUACAGGUGCAAGUGAUUUAAUUUCUGAUUUAAGAGUCUGACUGUCUUGCUCUUUAAAACUUUAAAGGGACAGUUCACCCCCCAAAAAUCAGAUCUCAUCCCCCAUUUACUGCCAUGGUAGUCAAUGGGGGAUGAGAUCUGUUUGAAUACUGACAUUCUUCCAAAUAUAUUCCUUUGGGUUUAGCAGAACAACUAAAUUUAUACAGGUUUGAAACAAUCUGAAGUUGAGUAAAUUACAGAAUUUACAUUUUUGUGUGAACUAUCCCUUUAAAACUUGCAUAUUUCUCUUGCCUGCUUGGGUUUCUCUUUGCUUUUUGCACAUAAACGUUGUACAUCCAAUUUCCAUGCUGCAUACACUCAAUAUAUCAAAAUAUUUGUUUGUCAUUCUUAUCUUGUAAAUAUUCAUUUUAAGGAUUGUUGACAUGACAUUGUAUUUUGGAUUCUCUUUCAUUCUGAACAGUGGGGAUUUUUCAAACAUUCAAAGUAUGAUGACAGCGUAUCCAUUUAUAAUUCUGUGUGAACAAAGAGAGAAUUCAGGUAUUAUAUGAUAGCAACAGAGGACAUAAUUCCUCCAGAGAAGAAACAGUGAUUGACAUUGUGGAAUGAGAGCGGAAGUUCCUCAUUGCUUAUUGCUAACCCGAUUCAAACCAAACCAAAGAUUAUUUUCCUACUGUAAAGCCUUUAAUGCAG